AUGACUCAUGUGAGCACCUCCGCAGAUGGUGACAGUGUCUGCAGUGCCCCGAAAUGCUUUGGUGAGCAACUUCCAUCGGUUUGCUUCCAGUGCCUGCUGAACGGAAAUGAGCAGUGCGACAAGAAGAAGACAUCAUGUACUCGAUGCUCCGAAUUGGGGCUACCGUGCGAAGAACAAGCGCCUUUUUUGAAAGCCGGAAUGCUCUAUCUCACCACUCUGUCAUAA